UUCUGUACCAUUUUGUCCUGUUUUAGCCAUAGUACCAUUUUGUCGUUGCAUGUCUCUUUAUGUAUAAACCGGUGUGGUCGGUCGAUAGUUUUAGAGAAAAGAUUAAAAUAAAAAUUUUUAGUGAGAGAGAGAAAGGAAAGGGAGAAAGACCCAAUACCGCGCAGCAUUCCUUUAGUGUCAUUUCGCUCACAUUUUUUAUUCAUUUCCUUGCUUGACAUUUCAUCUGUCCAUUUUCUUCACUACACAAGUUUUCUAUAUAGCAC